UCUAAACUUGUGUGGGAGUAAUUUCUUAGCCCAAAAUCUCCCACUACAAAGGUAAGUUGUGCGUCCCAACAAACGCGGGUUCGAAUUUUAGUCCGAUUGAGUCUGGUUCUGACCCCAAACGAGACCAAAUUCACUACUGACCGGGGGAUAUCUUGUUAUCCUCGUAAAACUAGGAAUCUGUUCAAAUCGGUAGCAGAAAGAUGUUCUUCCACAUAGUAUUGGAGCGAAACAUGCAACUACACCCACGCCACUUCGGUCGCAAUCUUCGCGAGCAUCUCGUCUCCAAACUCAUGAAAGAUGUUGAGGGCACGUGUAGUGGUCGACAUGGAUUUGUGGUGGCUAUAACGGGUGUAGACAGCAUUGGGAAAGGGCUGAUUCGAGAUGGGACUGGAUUUGUAACGUUUCCGGUGAAAUAUCAGUGUGUUGUGUUCAGACCCUUCAAAGGGGAAAUAUUAGAAGCUGUUGUGACUAUGGUGAAUAAGAUGGGAUUUUUCGCUGAAGCUGGACCUGUUCAAAUUUUUGUUUCAAAUCAUUUGAUACCUGAUGAUAUGGAGUUCCAGUCUGGAGAUAUGCCAAAUUAUACCACGUCUGAUGGAUCAGUUAAGAUUCAAAAGGACAGUGAAGUGCGGUUAAAGAUAAUUGGGACUCGAGUAGAUGCUACAGAAAUUUUCUGCAUUGGCACCAUAAAGGAUGAUUUCUUGGGAGUGAUUAAUGAUCCUACAACGCUUUAGAAUUUUGGGUAUUUGUCGAGUUAGAGGUGACCUUGAUGCAUUUCUAUGUGAGGUUACACAAUCAUGAGUUGCUGCAUUAGUGCUAUUGAUGGAAGAGAGACGGAUGAGAGACUAAUUCAAGCAGGGAUGAAAGGAAACCUGAUGGUGGGGAGGUUCAGGUGAACUACAAAACUUGGCUGAUAACCUUCAUCAAGUUCCAUGUUUUCAAUAUUGUUCAAUUUGUUUCCGGAUUAGCAUUACCUAUUGACUCCAGAAGAUUGUUUGCUAUACCAGAAUGCAAUUGCAUUAACCCAUAUUAUAAAGCGUGAUCUGGCAAUAUUGUUGCUGUUACAAUUUUA